UUUCUCUGCGUGGCUGUUUCCUUUCUGUGCUUGCACCUCUUGCGAUCAGACGGCUGUGCUGUGAGGCAGCCGGGGGGGCUGAGACCUAAGUCCUGCCCUGGGAGCAUAAGCAAAGAUGGCCCUGCGUUGGACAUUUGUCCUGCUCCUCACACCUCUGCUGGCAGCACAGAAUCAGGAAGAACCGGACCCCAACACCUCUGGAGAACCCCAGGAAACAGAGAGAUGCCAGCAGCCCCAGUGGGACUUGAGGCUCCACUUUACCCCAGAGCAGAGGUUUUACAGGUUCCAUGAAGAGGUGACACUGAGCUGCUUUAUGAAGGACCCUCCUCCCCUUGCUGUGAUCAGAUGUGCAAAUGGGACAUCUCCAGGCUGGAAGGAUGCUUGGGAGGUGAAGGACAUUCAGGGAACAUGGCAUGUGGUGGCAGAGAGCCUGACCUGCACCACAGGAAAGUGCCCAAAACCCCAGUGGGAUGAAAGACUUCGGUUUCCAUCAAACAAAAAAAAAUACCAACUGAAUGAAGAACUGACACUGACCUGCCCUGGAGAUCUCAAGCCAUCCUUCCCCAAGGUCAAAUGUGCAAGGGAAUUUCUGCAAGUGAGUUCUGGGAAACCAGUCUAUGGAGAUGCCUGGUGGGGCAGGAACAGCACAGGUGCCUGGACGCCCAUUGCGAAGGCUGUAGAGUGCAUUGAAACUUGCCAAAGGCCGUCGUGGGACCGAAGACUCCAGCUAGCACCAGACCAGGAGAAUUACAAGAAAAACAAGGAAGUGAUGCUGAGCUGUCCCAAGGGUUUCCAGCCAUCCUUCACCGAAAUCAAAUGUUCAGGCAAAGUUCAGCCCAUCAGUUACGGGAAUCCUGUAUACAGUGACCCAUGGUUGGGAAGGGACAUCACAGGCGAUUGGAUCCGCAUUCAGUCCAGUGUGGAGUGCAUUGAAACUUGCCAAAGGCCGUCGUGGGACCGAAGACUCCAGCUGGCACCAGACCAGGAGAAUUACAAGAAAAACAAGGAAGUGAUGCUGAGCUGUCCCGAGGGUUUCCAGCCAUCCUUCACUGAAACCAAAUGUUUAGGCAAAGUUCAGCCCAUCAGUUACGGGAAUCCUGUAUACAGAGAAGUUUGGUUUGGAAGGGACAUCAGACGUGGCUGGAUCCGCAUUCAGUCCAGUGUGGAGUGCAUCGAUGUCCUCCAGGUUGUCCCUGGGACCUUGGAGGUUUCCAGCACCAGCAUCAAACUGAACUGGACCUGCAGGCUCCCUGAUGCCUGCCAGCAGGUUCGGGCCAGGUGCCGGCUGGAAGAGCAUUCCUCCCUUCCCUGUAAGGCUGAGGAGGUGAAGGGAGAGGAGAUGCUCCAUGGCCAGGAGGGGACAUUUACCUGCCCCCCUCUGCAGCCCUUCACUGACUACAGUGUCACCAUCUCACUGCUGCCCAGCACGAUCCUUUUCACACGGCUCCUCAGAACAAAGGAAACGGUGCCGGACAAACCGGAGAAGCUGUGGCUGGAUCCCAGCACAGGGUCCCUCAGGUGGAAGGCGCUGCCCUCCUGCAAGGGGGAGAUCGUCGGAUACCAGCUGAACGUGACGGCCAGGAGCGCGCAGGACGGCAGCUUUCUGGAGAUGGAGCGACUGCGGCUGAGCAGCUCCGUCACUGAGCACCCGCUGCCUGAGCACAGCCCCAGCAGCAGCUACGUGGUGACGAUGCGGGGACUCACGGCAGCCGGAGCCGGGGCUGCGUCGCUGUGGGAGUUCCAGACCGACGGCUCGGACACCCCGCGCCCUCUCGACACCAGCUGCCGCAGCGUGCGUGACGUCUCCCCGUCCCAAGGGACAGCUGUGCUUCCCCUCCGCCCCGUCGCCCGUGCCCCCGCGGCGGCCAGGGAGCACCAGCUCAUCGUGGUCGCGACGCACAACGGCACGGCGGUGGAAGGCGCCUGCUCGGGGGACCCGCGGCCCUUCAACGCCAGCCGGCAGCCCGGCACCUACGUGGCCGCCGUGCUCAACCUCACCACCCCCGUGGACUUUGUGCUGGGCGACGGCACCCACGGGCAGGGGUACCGCAACGCUGCCCUCCGCCCGGGCUGGGACUACACGGCCCUUCUGCGCCUCGUCCGCCGCUCGCAGCAGGCAGACAAGUUCACCUGCGUCUGCUACAGCUUCUCUCUUGUGCAGGAGCCGGUGCCUCUGCUGAACAGGAUGCCCGUGGUUAUGGCAGUAGCGCUGGUCAUUGCACUCCUGGCACUGGGGAUUUUGCUGCUCUUCGUGCUCUUCAGGCGAAAGUACGACAGUUCAAAAACCUCGGAGAACAACAGCACUAUCCCCCUGCGAAGAUGUAGAGGAGGUGUGUGCAAGCUGAACACACAGAUCCCGGUGGAGGAACUGCUGGAAGCUCUGAAGAGGUUUAAGAGGGCAGAAAUAGAGGCAGAGCAGACAGAAGAUGAAUCAGUCGACAGGCAUGGUGCUGGACGUCUGAGAGAGUAUCAGCAACUGUCCUCCACUUUGUUGCAUCCCUGCGAUGCCGGGAAGGAGCUAUGUAAUCAGAGCAAGAACCGCUACAAGAGCAUCAUCCCAUACGACCACUGCCGUGUGGUGCUACAGCCCUCUGACAUGGGGAAUGGCUACAUCAAUGCCAGCUACGUGGAUAGCUACCAGAGUCCACGCUUCUUCAUUGCAGCUCAAGGCCCCUUGCCUGGGACGGUGGUGGAUUUCUGGCAGAUGGUCUGGCAGGAGAAGACCUCAAUCAUUGUGAUGCUGACGGGCUUAGUGGAGCAGAACAAGACCAAGUGCGAGCAGUAUUGGCCAGAGCAGGAGCAGGUCUACGGGGACUUCACCGUGACACUCAGCAACACCAGGACCACCACAGGCCUUGUCACACGCAUCUUCUGCCUGCAGAAGGCAGGCUGUGCUCUCCCAAGAGUGGUGCAGCAGCUUCACUACCUGCUGUGGCCAGACCAUGGGGUCCCCAGAAACCCUGCCCAGCUCCUGGCCUUAGUGGAUGUGGUGAACAAGAGGGGGUUGGAAGUACCUACUGGACCCGUGCUGGUGCACUGCAGCGCGGGGAUUGGGCGCACAGGUACCUUCAUCGCCCUGGACUUCCUCCUGAAAAUGGGGAAGGCUGAGGGGAAGGUGGAUGUGUUUCACUGUGUGCAGAGGCUGCGGGAGCAGCGGGUCAGCAUGGUGCAGACCAAGGAGCAGUACACCUUCCUGUAUGAGGUGCUGCUCGAAGGCUUGCUCUGUGGCAGCACCGGGGUCCCAGUGGAGAACAUCACCAGCUAUGUCCGCCGCCUUCGAGAAGCUGAGACCUCAAGGCACAACAAUGUCCUUGAGAAAGAGUUCAAGGCCCUGCAGAAGUUUUCUGAGUUGUUCCAGCUCCUGCCAUGCAGAGAAGCAGAGAAACCCAGCAACCAGCCCAAGAACCGCAAGCCAGGGAUCCUGCCAGCGGAUUCCUGCCGGCCCAUCCUGAUGUCCUCGCUGAACGCAGACGGCUCGCCCGGUUACAUCAACGCCGUGUUUGCCAGCACGUACACCCAAGAGGACAGACUCAUCGUCACCCAGCUGCCUUUCCUCACCACGCUGGUGGAUUUCUGGGCUCUGGUCUGGGAUUACACCUGCACAUCGGUGGUUGUGCUGAACCAGCUCCAGGAGCUGGACAAGACAUACGUGGAGUUCUGGCCCACCCAGGCUGAAGCUGUCUAUGGCCGUUUCCAUGUCCACCUGAUCUCAGAGGAGCCCGGAGUUAGCUUCACAGCCUGGACACUUGCCCUCACCAACAGGCAGCAGCCCAAGAAGUCUGCACUGGAAGUCCGGUUCUGGCAACUGAAGGACUGGCCCAUGAAGCAGCGUCUUCCCCCACAACCUGCCACCAUCAUCAGCCUGUUAGGGAAGGUGGAAACACACCAUCGGCAGAGCCAAGAUGGACAUAUCCUCGUGACCUGCUGGGAUGGUGCCAGCCGGAGUGGGAUCUUCUGUGCUGCUACUUUCCUGUGUGAACAGAUCCAAAGCGAGGGGCUGGUGGACGUAUCCCAGGCUGUGAGGAUGCUGAAGAGGCGGCGGAGACAGCUGAUUAAAGAUGUGGAGCAGUAUGGGCUCUGCUACGAACUAGCCCUCAGUUACUUGAAUUCAUUUGAAACCUAUGGGAAUUUCAAGUAGAGGCAUGGCCACCGCCCAUCUCUGGCCAUGACUUCGACUCUCUUGACAGCCCUCCAUCAGUAACAGCGGAAACCAGAGGAGAUGAGAGGGGUGUGCAGAGCCCCAAGGUGCUUUACUCCCCUGAGCAGCCACCCCAAGGGUCCUCUGUGGCUGGAGAGCACAAGCUGGACUGUCUCCAAAUUGUGGUCAGGCUUUGAAGCAAGAACCUGACCCUUUGCCCAGAGUUUGCACAGGAACUUACCUGGAAUCACAGCCUGAGUAUGCAGACCAGAGCAGAGGCACCAGGACUUGACAUGUCUGUGCCAGGGAUGAAGAUAAUCAGCUGUCCCAUCCAGGCUCCCUUGUGCCUUCAGGCAGCCCCAGGGAAAGUGGGAUAGCUCCACCAACACCCAAACUGUGUUUUGCCAGGGGAGCAUCAAACCGCUGCAAGAUCCAUGGGGCUCAGGAGCACAGGCUAUCUGUCUUACUUUAGGAGAAGCAUGAAGCCCAAGGCCAACAAGAGCCAAGGGAGGGACAACCCACAGUCCUGUAGGGCUAGCCUGGUCCUUUCCACCCCACACAAUCCCUUCUGGGAGCUCCAUCUUCCUGAUGCUGAUCCAGGUGCCACAGCCCUUCCAGCUCCAGAGACGCUCCAUCACUAGCCUGCCUGGCUGCACCAUGGCAAUCCCAUGUUGUACCGGCUCAACUUAAAUAUCCUGGAUGUGGUUCUGGCAAGGGCUGCUGCACCAGAGGCUGGUUCUGCCUUUGCUGCUCAAGGGCAAGGGGCCUCAGAGCCAGGACUGACCCCAUGGCUCUGUUCUGUGUGUCAUCAAUAAAGACUCUGUGCUGGCCA